ACACAUUCACGCACGGGAGGGCAAUCCAAUCCACACCUAGCGCAAGCCCUCUGCCCUCGACCCCCAUUCCACAAUGAUCUUACAGUUCCAAACCGCUUUCCAAAUCCAUGCCCCUUCACAGUCUCCGUUCGGCCGCCGGGCAUUUCCGUUCUCCGUUCACCGGCGGUCUCCUCCGAGCCACGCAACAGCCGCCUGCCGGCGCCGAGCGUCCUAUGGUUCUCUCCGAGUUUAUAGAUGUGUGAGUAGAAGCAGUGUGAGUGAGCAGCUGAGGGAAGAUCAAGAGCAGAAGAAGAGAAGGGCGUACCCGUUCCACGAAAUUGAGCCGAGGUGGCAGCGAUUUUGGGAGGAGAAUCGCACUUUUCGAACGCCUGACGAUGAUCUCGAUACUUCCAAACCUAAGUUCUAUGUCCUCGACAUGUUCCCUUAUCCCAGUGGAUCUGGGCUACAUGUUGGCCAUCCUCUUGGAUAUACUGCCACAGAUAUUCUUGCUAGAUACAAACGCAUGCAGGGCUUCAAUGUUCUACACCCAAUGGGAUGGGACGCAUUUGGAUUGCCUGCUGAGCAAUAUGCAAUUGAGACAGGUACCCACCCGAAGUUCACAACUUUGAAGAACAUUGAACGAUUCCGCACCCAGCUAAAAUCAUUAGGCUUCUCAUAUGACUGGGAUCGUGAAAUUUCUACAACAGAACCAGAAUAUUACAAAUGGACACAAUGGAUUUUUCUGCAGCUUUUGAAGAGAGGGCUGGCUUAUCAGGCUGAAGUCCCUGUAAACUGGUGCCCUGCUCUUGGGACUGUUCUGGCAAAUGAAGAGGUGGUUGAUGGUGUUAGUGAGCGUGGGGGUCAUCCAGUUAUAAGAAAACCAAUGCGGCAGUGGAUGCUCAGGAUUACUGCGUAUGCUGACCGUCUACUUGAUGAUCUAGAUGAUCUUGAUUGGCCUGAAAGUGUAAAGGAAAUGCAAAGAAACUGGAUAGGAAGGUCAGAAGGUGCAGAGGUGGAGUUCUGUGUUGUUGAUGCUAGUGGACAAGACAAAGACAUAAAAAUUACUGUUUACACGACAAGGCCAGAUACCAUUUUUGGAGUAACCUAUUUAGUUAUGGCACCGGAGCAUUCUUUGUUGUCAUCCAUAGUAUCAGAGGGCCAAAGCAAAUACGUGGAGGAAUACAAAGAGGUUUCCUCUAGGAAGAGUGACCUUGAGAGGACUGAGCUGCAGAAGGAAAAAACUGGAGUUUUUAGUGGAGGUUAUGCAAGAAAUCCAGCUAAUGGAGAAGCUGUCCCUAUUUGGAUUGCAGAUUAUGUUUUGGGCAGCUAUGGUACAGGCGCAAUAAUGGCUGUACCUGCACAUGACUUGCGAGACUAUGAGUUUGCUCUCAAAUAUGAUAUCCCAAUUUGCUGGGUUGUGAUGCCAGAUGGUGGAAGUUCUGGUGAUUCUGAAAGACCUUACUCAGGUGAAGGUGUUAGCGUUAAUUCAUCGUGUCCAAUGUCAGGGCUGGACAUCACUGGGUUCCCUAGCAAAGAGGCUUCUUCUAAAGUCAUUGACUGGCUGGAGAAGACUGGAAAUGGCAACAGAAAGGUGAACUACAAGUUGCGGGACUGGCUUUUUGCUCGGCAACGCUAUUGGGGGGAACCCAUCCCGGUUGUUUUCCUGAAGGAAACUGGUGAGGGUGUUCCGCUUCCUGAAAGUGAGCUUCCUCUUACCCUUCCUGAGUUGGAUGAUUUCACUCCCACUGGCACAGGGGAACCACCACUUUCUAAAGCAGUUUCUUGGGUUGAGACUACUGAUCCUUCAUCUGGAAAACCUGCUAGACGUGAAACAAAUACCAUGCCACAAUGGGCUGGUUCAUGCUGGUAUUAUUUGAGAUUUAUGGACCCAGAAAAUUCUGAAGCAUUGGUUGAUAAGUUGAAAGAGAUGUAUUGGAGCCCAGUUGAUAUAUAUGUUGGCGGUGCUGAACAUGCUGUUCUUCACUUGCUCUAUUCCAGGUUCUGGCACAAGGUUCUUUAUGACAUCGGAGUGGUAUCAACCAAAGAACCCUUUAAAUGCGUCAUAAACCAGGGAAUCAUUCUAGGAGAAGUUCAAUAUAUGGCAUGCAGAGAUUCAGAUGGCAAUUUCAUAUCUGCAGACUCUGUUGAUGAGUUCAGAGAGUAUAGUCAAGAAAGAAUGCCAGAGGAAAAAGUAAUGAAAUCUGGAGAUUCUUUUGUGCUAAAAGACAAUCCCAAUGUUCGCUUGAUUGCUCGGGCUCAUAAAAUGAGUAAAAGUAAGGGAAAUGUCGUCAAUCCUGAUGAUGUUGUCUUUGAGUAUGGUGCAGAUUCUCUUCGCUUAUAUGAGAUGUUCAUGGGACCACUAAGGGAUUCAAAAGCAUGGAAUACUGGUGGUAUUGAAGGUGUUCAUCGAUUUUUGGGGAGAGUUUGGAGAUUGGUAGUUGGUUCACCUUUACCUGAUGGUACAUUUAGAGAUGGAGUGGUGGUAAUUGAUGAGAAGCCUUCUUCAGAACAACUACAUUGUCUUCAUAAAUGCAUUGAUAAGGUUACUGAAGAGAUUGAAGGGACACGGUUCAACACUGGAAUUUCAGCAAUGAUGGAGUUUGUCAAUACAGCAUAUAAGUGGGAUAAGCUUCCAAGCUCAGCCAUUGAACCUUUUGUCUUACUGCUUUCGCCAUAUGCUCCUCAUAUGGCUGAGGAGCUUUGGUUCCGUUUGGGACACUCAAAUUCAUUGGCAUAUCAGCCUUUUCCGAAGGCAGACCCAGCUUGCCUGAAGGAGUCCACAGUGGUGCUACCAGUUCAAAUCAAUGGGAAGACAAGGGGUACCAUACAGGUCGAAGAAACAUGUACAGAAGAAGUUGCUUUCAAACUCGCUUCAGUUGACCAGAAACUCUCCAAGUACCUGGACAGGAGAACUGUCAGAAAGAGAAUUUAUGUACCUGGUAAAAUUUUGAAUGUUAUAUUAGAGCCACAAAACGCCAAGGCAGGCUUCCGGUAAGGGCAGCAUGCUGUGUUGUUUUAUCCAGUCCGGGAAAGAGGAGCAGCAGAGUCAUCAUAGCAGUCAAUUUAGCAUUUGCACCAGAGAAAACUCUAACUCAGCAAAGAAUGAUGUGCUUUUACCAUUGAUGUUACUGCCAGUGAUGUAUUUGCAAAACCGAAGGAGAGCAUGGUCAAGUAGGCACCAGGCACCAGUGACAGCAGCAGAAACUACUGAGUUGGCAUGGCAUUUUCCUAGCCUAUCUCCCCUUUGGAUUUUAUGCCCAUAAUUUAUUUCAAUUGUAUGUUCAUUCACAAAUCUUGUAUAAACCAUUGUAUUCUAGACAAAACUAAACGUCAUUAACUCUGCAUGCCUCUGGGCAUCAUUUUCCAAUACAAUACCAUAGCUUGUAAUUUGAUCUUCUA